GCUACUGGAGCAAAGGCUAAAGGAGAAGAGAGGACACGAGAGGGAACACACAGUACUCCCUUCACUCAGGAUUUUAUGGAAAGGAAAUAGUCCUGCUUCGUAUCAUAUAACAUCAUGCAGCAGUGUGUGUGUAUGUGUGUGUGUGUGUGUGUGAGCGACCAAUACGGCAAAUAGAAUUAUCAGAGGAUAAUUGAAGUAGGAAGAGAAAGAAUCCAUGAAUCAAAACAAGUAUUCUGUUUUUCAAAAGGACCAAAAAGCUGAAUGAAUGAAUCAUCGGAGGAAAAACCGAACUGAAUUCUAUCAAAACUCUGUUUGGUGUUCUCUGCUGAUGUCUGCGUGGUUUGUGUUCGUCAUGGAGGAUCAUGUUUUCAUCUGCGUUGGCUUAUUGGUUUACGUAAAAACUAGCAAACUGAAGUGGAAGGGUGAGCCACGACCCGAGGACAAUAACAUGACACGUCAAACACGUUUUUAAAAUCUGCUCAGGUGAAAUGAGGCAGGACGACCGAGAGGAGGUUAAUGAAUCAAAGUUGGAAAUCCAGUCUGUGCAGAGAUGGAGCAGAUAGAGCCACAUCCCAGCGUCCAUCACUGAAAAGCUCUCGGAGCAGGCGUGGCCAGUGACGUCUCCAAAGCGGCCAAACCUUAAACCUGGCACCCAGAGCCCCGGAGAGGACGCGAGGGGACACACUAACGGGCACCGGGCAGGGACAGACUCGCGGAGGAAUAACGCGGAGGGAAUACGCGCCGGGUUCAUGUGGUGUUCGUCUCCACUUUCACUUUUUACGCAUCAGGGGUUUUCUCCUCCUGACGCAGCAGCGGCGCAGAAAACUGACUUCUAUCCAACAGCUGCACAAACACAUCCUCUCCUCCCACCAGCCUCUCGGCCGCAGCUUCUAUUUUCCGCGUCUUCAUCUCCAACUUUCCGGUCCAGAGAAACGUGGACGGAGUUUGUCCGCGGUGCGUCACGGAGGAGAAGUCGUGUCCAGUCCGACAGGUGCAGCUCCGAUCUGCUCCCGCUUCCACAAGCUGUGUUUCACUCCACAGGACUUGCCUGCAGAUGAAGAUGCAGUAGAGGAAGCAGCUUCAUCUUCGUUCCCCCUGACAUGGCCUCUUCCCCUGAGCUGGACACCGAUCACUUACCGCUGCUCCAGCUGCAGGAGGUGGACUCCAGUAAGACGUCCGAGAGGCCGAGCUCCCCGGUGUUCCUGCCCUCCGUGUACGCCCCCCCGCUGGCCAUGGAGAACCACACCAUCUGCAUUCCCUCUCCGUACGCAGAGAGCGGCCACGAGUACAACCACGGACCCCUGACGUUCUACAGCCAGCCUGUGCUGAGCUACGCCAGAGCGCCCGUCCCUGAGAGCCAGUCGUCCCUGUGCCCCCCCCUCAGCCCCUCGGCCUUCUGGCCCUCCCACGGUCACACCAACGUGCCGUCACUGACUCUGCGCUGCCCUCAGCCGCUGGUCUACAGCGAGCCGAGCCCACACGGACCCUGGCUGGAGCCCAAGGCCCACGGCAUCAACUCCAGCAGCUCCAUCAUCAGCUGUAACAAGCUGCUGGGGACCAGGUUAGAAGACGGGGCCAACUCCUCGUCCUGCUCGUCUGCGGGGGGGAAAGCCGACAUGCACUUCUGCGCCGUGUGCCACGACUACGCCUCGGGGUACCACUACGGGGUGUGGUCCUGCGAGGGCUGCAAGGCCUUCUUCAAGAGGAGCAUCCAGGGACACAACGACUACAUCUGUCCGGCCACAAACCAGUGCACCAUCGACAAGAACCGGCGUAAAAGCUGCCAGGCCUGCCGUCUACGGAAAUGCUACGAAGUGGGCAUGAUGAAAUGUGGUGUGAGACGUGAGCGCUGCAGCUACCGGGGGCCUCGACAUCGCCGUGGUGGCCCUCAGCCUCGGGGUCCGACGGGCCGGGCUCUGGUCCGGGUGGGGCUCGGCCCUCGAGCUCCACGGCACCUCCACGUGGAGACGCCUCUCGCCCCCUUCGCCCCCCUGCCUCAGGCCACCCACGUGCACCACUCGGCCAUGAGCCCGGAGGAGUUCAUCUCCCGCAUCAUGGAGGCCGAGCCCCCGGAGAUCUACCUCAUGGAGGACAUGAAGAAGCCCUUCACCGAGGCCAGCAUGAUGAUGUCCCUCACCAACCUGGCAGACAAGGAGCUGGUGCUCAUGAUCAGCUGGGCCAAGAAGAUCCCUGGGUUCUUAGAUCUGAGUCUGGCAGAUCAGAUCCACCUGCUGAAGUGCUGCUGGCUGGAGAUUCUGAUGCUGGGCCUGAUGUGGAGGUCGGUGGAUCAUCCUGGAAAACUCAUCUUCUCUCCGGACUUCAAACUCAACAGGGAGGAGGGUCAGUGUGUGGAGGGCAUCAUGGAGAUCUUCGAUAUGCUGCUGGGAGCCACGUCUCGGUUCCGCGAGCUGAAGCUUCAGAGGGAAGAGUACGUCUGCCUGAAGGCCAUGAUCCUCCUCAACUCCAGUUCAGUGGAUCAUAACAGACGUUUCACAACUUCACCUCCUUUUGAUGCCGCAGGUCACAGUGUCCCAGCAGAUCUGUGUACGAGCUCCCCUCAGACGGCCGAGGAGCUGGAGAGCAGGAGCAAGCUGCUGCGGCUGCUGGACUCGGUGAUCGACGCUCUGGUCUGGGCCAUUUCCAAGCUGGGGCUGUCCACCCAGCAGAAGACGCUGCGCCUCGGACACCUCACCAUGCUGCUGUCACACAUCCGCCACGUCAGUAACAAAGGCAUGGACCACCUGUCCAGCAUGAAGAGGAAGAACGUGGUGCUGGUGUACGACCUCCUGCUGGAGAUGUUGGACGCUAACACAUCAGGAAGCAGCAGCAGCAGCAGCAGCAGCAGCCAGAUGUCCUCCUCCCCGAGCUCUGACAUCUACUCUGAGCAGCAGCAGUACCCUGCACCCCCGUCUCACCUGCAGCCCGGCUCGGACCCGACCGACCACCAGCCUCCACGCAGACCGUCCCACGACCUGGACAGACACCUGCAGGCGGUGCCGCUCCAGGCCACACCUCCACCUCCCGGUCUGGUCGGGACCCACAUGGAGAGCGACGAUUACAUCCACCCAGACCAGUGGUCGCUGGACGCUGGGGACUGUGGCUCCCCCCCCGUGGAUCCAGUGGACUGCCUCAUCUUCGAUCACGUUCUGCUGGGAUGCACGUUGGACGGAUGACGGGACAGAAGAGACACUGGACUGUAGCAGCUCUCCGUCCCCCAAAGAAACAAGAAAACACACAAAAAACAUGAAAACACAAAGUGCUGUUGUGAGGUAAAAGCUUUUUGAGAUCGUUGAGAUGUUUUUAGUCCUUAGGAGAAAAAAAGAAGGUCUUUGUUGAUCGAAUGUAUAUUUUGUGUGCGUUAGAUAUUUCCUGUGAAUGUGCACUACAGCCGAGGACGCGGCUGCUCAACCGCUGCCACUCAGUUUCUGCUCUUUUGGAUAAACAGUAUUUGUAUCUCCUUUUUCACGUCGGUGUCACAGAACAAGUCAACUCGUUUCCAUGAGGAGAGCUAGUCGUGUUUCCUCCUCCUUCACUACUUCUCUGUGUUUGGUGUUUGAAUCGGUGCCUGUUCAGGAUUUUUCUACUCUCUGUUGUGGCCUUUUAAAGAAAUGACUGUUAAAAAAAGCUUUUCCUGCUCCUGGUUAAACGAAGGUCGAGGUUCUUCACCGUCUCGUGGACCAGCUCUGGUGUUUUCACUGCAAAACUUGGCUGUACCUAAAAUGUAAAGUUGUAAACCUUAAAGCAACAAUGUGUAACUUCUGAGCAACAGCGCCCCUGCAGAGAGAAAACGACGUGGUGAGUGCCAUAGAUAUAUAUAUAAAGGCUAGAUGUCUCGGCAAACGGAGUCAAACGUCCGCACAUG